AUGGAUAGACCAUCUAAACUAUAUAAAUGUAAUGAUGAAUAUAUACAAAAUCAUAUGUAUAUUGAGAGAUUAAAAAAUUUUGGUCUUGGUUAUUUUGAUAAAACAUUUUAUUAUGAUUCAUAUCCUUCAUCUCCUUUUAUUCAGACAUCUACAUCUGUAUCAUCUCCAAAUUCAACCUGUGAUUCAAAUUCAAACUCAUCAAAUCAUCAAAAUCAAAAUGGACCAAGUAUUUGUGCUGGUUGCAGUGGAAUUUUAAAAGAAAAGUUUAUCUAUUCUAUGAAUAAUCAAUUUUGGCAUUCACAAUGUUUACGUUGCGAAACGUGUUCUAUUAUAUUAGAACAAAACCCCUCUUGUUAUAUGAAAGAUAAAAAAAUUUAUUGUAAAAAAUGUUAUGAUAGUAAAUUUUAUGCUAAAUGUUCUUCAUGUAAAAGAGCAAUUCAAUCAUCAGAUUGGGUAAGAAAGGCACAAGAAAAUGUUUAUCAUCUUGCAUGUUUUUCCUGUGAUCAAUGUAAAAGACAAUUAUCAACAGGUGAAGAAUUUGGAUUACAAAAUGAUAAAUUAUUAUGUAAGCAACAUUAUAUGGAACUGUUUGAUGGUGAUGGAAGCAGUAAUAAAACUAAAACUAAAAGAGUUAGAACAACAUUUGCAGAUGAACAAAUAAGUGUAUUGCAAGCUCAUUUUCAACUUGAUUCAAAUCCUGAUGGAGCAGAUUUAGAAAAAAUUGCAAAUAUGACAGGAUUGUCAAAAAGAGUAACACAAGUUUGGUUUCAGAAUUCCCGUGCACGUCAAAAGAAAUAUCAAGGUCAUAAGAAGGGAGGUAAUGGAACUAUCAAUUGCAAUACUACAAACGGAGAACUUAACACAAGUCCUGGUCUUAAAAGGCCCGAUUCUUUAAUAAGUCAUACAUUAAGUACUACAAGUGGAAGAAGUUCUCCACGUUCUGUAUCUUCUCCAAAAACAUAUCGCGAUGAAGUAAUGGAAUGUAACAAUAACGGACAGGAUGCUUCAUUUUCUAAUCAAAACAUGUCAUUAAACACUGUUAAUAGCAUGGAUGAUCGAAAUAACUUGAUCUCAACAAGUUUUAAUAUGGAUUGUGAUUAA